CUCUGUCUCCUUGGCGCGUUCGGAGGGGGCGGAAGUGACGUCAGGGCCGGCCUGAGCUCGCCUAGCCCGCGAUGCGGCUGCUCAGUUGGAACGUGAACGGGCUGCGGGCGGGGGCCGGGGCCGCGGGGCUGAAGCCGCUCCUGGACGCCUUGGGGGCUGACGUCAUCUGCCUGCAGGAGACCAAGAUUACACGAGACCUGCUUGAAGAGCCGCUGGCUGUAGUAGAGGGCUACAAUGCGUAUUUUAGCUUCAGCCGUACUCGCAGUGGCUACUCAGGUGUUGCAACCUUCUGUAAGGCCACUGCUACCCCAGAGGCGGCUGAGGAGGGCCUCUCUGGGCUUUGGACCAAGCAUGAGGGUGCCAUUGGAUGCUAUGGAGCCCCAGGGGACUUUACCACCGAAGAGCUGCAGGCACUGGACAGCGAGGGCCGGGCUGUGAUCACCCGCCAUCGCAUUUGCACUUCAGAACAGCAGGAAACCACCCUGACAGUCGUCAAUGUAUACUGCCCGCGGGCUGACCCUGAAAAGCCAGAACGAGGAGAAUUUAAGCUGCGUUUCUACCACCUCCUUCAAGCCAGGGCUGAGGCUCUUCUUAGAGCUGGAGGACAUGUUGUCAUUAUGGGAGACAUCAACACUGCACACAAGCCCAUUGAUCACUGUGACCCUGGAGAUUUGCUGCCUGAGGUGGAGGACCCUGACCGGGGGCAGCCGUGUCAGGCCUGCGGGGAGCAGUGCCCGGGCUUCCUCGUGCAUGGAUGGAGGAAGAUCUGCCAACACUGCAAGUGUCCACGUGAGGAGCAUACUGUUCGCAUGGUGCCUGUUGACUUGGAGAGGAUGAUGUGCCGCCUGAUCUCUGACUUCCAGCGCCACUCGAUCUCAGACGAUGACUCUGGCUGUGCCUCGGAGGAAUAUGCCUGGGUGCCCCCAGGACUCAAGCCUGAGCAGGUGUAUCAGUUCUUCAGCUGCCUCCCAGAGGACAAAGUCCCCUACGUCAAUAGUCCUGGAGAACGGUACCGCAUCCGCCAGUUGCUGCACCAGCUUCCUCCACAUGACAGUGAGGCACAGUAUUGUAGUUCCCUGGAAGAGGAAGAGGCAAAAGAGCUGAAGUUAUUCUCACAGCAGCGGAAGAGAGAAAACCUUGGCCGAGGGACCGUCAGACUCUUCCCCGUCACCAUAACUGGAGCCAUUUGUGAGCAGUGUGGGAAGCAGAUCUGUGGUGGAGACAUCGCUGUCUUUGCCAGCCGUGCAGGACAUGGCGCCUGUUGGCAUCCACAGUGCUUUGUUUGCACCACCUGCCGAGAGCUUCUGGUCGACCUCAUCUAUUUCUACCAGGAUGGCAAGAUCUAUUGCGGGCGACACCACGCUGAGCGCCUCAAACCACGCUGUGAGGCCUGCGAUGAGAUCAUUUUUGCAGAUGAGUGCACAGAGGCGGAGGGGCGCCAUUGGCACAUGCGUCAUUUCUGCUGCUUUGAGUGCGAGGAGGCGCUAGGUGGUCAACGGUACAUCAUGCGCCAGAGCCGCCCGUACUGCUGUCGCUGCUAUGAGAGCCUCUAUGCGGAGUACUGUGAUGCCUGUGGAGAGCAUAUUGGCAUUGACCAGGGUCAGAUGACGUAUGAGGGCCAGCACUGGCAUGCCACUGAUGCUUGCUUCUGCUGCUCCCGUUGCCACCAGCCUCUCUUGGGGAAGCCGUUCCUGCCCAAGCAAGGUCAGAUAUUCUGCUCUCGGGCUUGUAGCCUAGGCGAAGACCCCAACGCCUCUGAUUCCUGUGAUUCAGCCUUCCAGAGUGCCCGUUCCCAGGACUCUCGGCGAGCCAGCUGGCAGCAACGGCGGGUUCAGGCCCAGCGCUCGCCAGUCUCCCAUGUGGCCCGUUCUGUUUCUUUCGGAGGGCAGCCAGUGUUGUUGAAUUCAACUCCAAGGCUCAGAAGAAGCUGGAGUGGAUUGCCCGAGCCUGGGGAGGAGAUGCCAGCGGAACUGGAGGAGCUCUCGGAUCCAGAUAGCAAUGCAUCAGGAUUCAGCCAGAGCUGUGAGGAGUCGGUGAAGUGUACUUCCCGAGGAACUUCCACUUGUCCACAGCCAGCCACUGAGCACCAACGAGGAACAGGGACUGAGGUCCAGCCACGUUUCCAGCGUGCCUCCCCCUUGCGCCACUCCAUGCCAGAGUUGGGUAUUCCCCCUUCUAAAAUCCCCGACUGGAGCAGCAGUUCAGCUUCCAAGCUUCAAGCAUCUGCCCGACCAAGACUCAGUGAAGGAACUGAGCUGGGGACAGGGAGUUUUGCUCGGGGGGGACUACCCCGCGUUAGCUUCCGGGAACCUCUGGUCUCAGGAGAGCCAAGCACUCCUUGCCUUGAGCAAACCUCCAUGGACAAUCCAGUGCUUCAGAAUGGAGGUCCUCGGCGGGGACACCCUCGCUCCACCUCGGACAACUCAAUUAACUUGGGGAACCAAGGUUGGAGGCCGAGGAAGGCUGCCAGGGAGGGGAGACGAGGCAACCUCUCUUACUCGGCUUCUGAGGGUACUUUUCCAGCCUGGCAUCGACGCUAUCCUCCACGGGGAUGGGACUUCAGCUCCUCUGACUCAUCCGAUUCCUCCUCAGAGGAGGAGGGUUACUUUCUUGGUGAACCUAUACCCUUGCCCCCUCACCUCAGAGGCGAAGCUGGCCCUGCAGAGACUGUACCAUCAACUGACUCGACACAUAAACAGCAGCGCCGAAGACUGCGGGUUGCCCGAGACAAGAACUGUGUUGUGGCAUGACCCUAUCCUUUACCUUCUGGGUUUGAGAUGUAAUGAGCCAAUGUCAAAACAGAAUUUCUGGCUGAUUGAAACCAGUAUUGACCAUUAUGUGGGUGAUAGCCUCAAAAAUUUGAGUUGGGACUGUUGACUAUUAUUCUUCCACCACGACCUUUUUGACUUCCCCAGGGAUCCCACUCAGAAAGUGACCUCUUCAUCAUGACCAUUCAAGUCUUCUACCUUUCCUCAGGGACACUUGAGUGCUGGUGACCUUUGUCCUUUUAGAUGUGUGCUCCUUCUCUGAAAAAAUCUUGAACUCGUCCUGUCUGUGGUAGUCUUGGAAGUUUGGUUGUGUUUAUUUCCCAUUGUGGCCUUUUUGACCUUUCUACUGUGACCUCUCCAAUAUACUUAUUGACUCUUUUGUCUUGGACGGUCUCUAAAACUUCUCGGCACUGUGCCCUCAGUGAACUUCAAACUACAACUUCUUACCUGGGAACCCUUGAACUCUUGUUCUUGACCUUUCCACUGUGACCUUUGAAUUUCUCCUAGGUGACCUUUGAUCUUUCAAGUGGCCAUUAUUAAUGUAAGCAUGUUACAAGUUUGUGUGGUUUCAAGCUUUGAGGUGUGUUUUUCUCUGCAAGGAAGUUCUUGGGUUAUGUGUGUAUUGGGGUGGGUGGGAUUGAAUUUCAUUCUCUGGCUGGUACAGUGUCCCACUCUGUUGAAUACAUGCACUCAAUGGGCAGAGUCAAAGUUCGGAGUGUGGUGGGGUCUCCUUUUGUGAAGGUUUUCUAACAGGACUUUGAUUUUGUAUACCUGCAUGGCAGGGAGCUGGACUGAAUGGCCCUGGUGGUUUCUUUCAACUCUGAUUCUACUUUUACAGAACAGAGUUCCCAAAACCUCUCACCUACAGCAUGGGGAGUCACUAUGCUGGAUGUGAGAUUCUAGGGCAUUGUAGCUCCUCUUGUCAAAAAAAAACUCACAACUUUCUCUAAGCUCUGCCCUAAAGCCAACAACAGAUCCUUCCAAUCUAACAAGCUUUUCUCUCUUCCUCUGUCCAGUCUCUUUGCACUCAUCUUUCAGAUAUCCAGUUUGAACGGUUUGUUUUGUUUUCUAAUUAAGAGUUCUAAUUUAAAUAAAAUUGGAAUAAAAAGUUAUGAAAACGUU